GCGCGCAACGGGCUUGCUCCGGCCAGCGGCAGGCGGAGGCGGGCAGGGGCGCACGUGCGGCGGCGAUGGCCAGGCGGCUGGGCUCGGGAGCGCACUGAAGCAGCCCGCGCCGCGGCUGCAGCAUGGGCGGCCGCGCCAUGCUCUUCGUGUUCGCCGUCGCCGCUCUCCUGCAGCCCAGCCACGGAGGCUGGUUCUGGCGUGAGUGUCCCGGGACUUGGCGCGGCGGUGGCGGCACCUGCAUUGCGGCAGAAGAAGAAGCAGCCCGGAUCGGGCCGGCAGGGGAGAGGGGGAAAAAGGUCACGGGGCGGGGACAAGGCGGACUGCGCUCCGGGGCGCGCGGCGCGGCGCGCAACGUUUGGGGAGAGGGGCUUGCGGCGGGGCGCGAGGUUUGCGCGCGGGCUGCGGCGUCUUGGGUGCGGGGAGCGGCUCCCUGGGGACCUCGGGAGCGGGCGGGGUUCGUGCCGCGCGCUUGUAGAAGAGACAUCACCACCCCAUCCCUCGAAACCCCCUCGGGAGAGGCUUCUGCGUCGGGGUCGUUUGGCACAGGACGCCUGGGUCCCCUUCCCCGUCUCUUCCCCCAUCCCCCCUGCCCCGCCACCCAGGUCAGAGUGUUUAUCCCGUGUUAGCAAGGAAUCCCGACUUGGGGAGCUGCCGGGCGGGGCUGGGGCUGGAGGUUGGUUGGUAUCCUGGCCAGCUGUCGAGAAAGCGGCUUUCCAUCCAGCACUUCCCGGCUACUAGGUCUCCCGGAGACCCGGGACACAGGCGCUCAUUUGGCGUAACCUUUGCGCCUGCGGAUCGGCAUGUGUGGAUGCACAUUUAGGUCGCUGAGCAAAUUAAGGGGGCUGGGGGCUGGUAGCAGUGCCCUUUGCGGUGGCAAAGUUUGUUUUUGUUUUUUGGUAAAGCAUUCAAAGUUGUUGCUGCCUUUUCCAAAAUAGGGGCAAGGGGUCUGGGGCUCAGCACCAAAGAUUUGGGCCUCAUCAGCUGCUUCCUGACAGCACCCCAUCCCCGCUUUGCUCUUGGGCAAGUGUGUAUCCUGGGCCCUCUCAAAACAGAGGGCCAGAGAAUGGUUGCCUCUUCCAUCUGAACACACACAUACAUACACACACAUAUACACUUUUUCUUAGGCUGCACAGUUUGUUUGUGGGGAUGGCUGAGAGCCUGGAACCUGUUCCAUACAUAGGUGCUCUGGGAGAGCAGGACAAAGCCAGCCCCCUGCUCCCCCCAUCCACCCCACCAUGCAGGGCCUUGCAAAAAUAGGUUACAGGUCUGGGUCGUUUCUUCCGCAUCUGCUUUUUUUGGGGGGUGUGUGUGUGAUGAUUCUGCAGACUUCUACACUUACCUAUGGCUUCCCUCUUCAUUUUUUAACAGGGUUGAGUGGGGGGGGAGUUUGGGGUUCCUCUCCACCAGAGAGCUCUGCACUAGUGAGCUUGCUGGAAUUUUGCCUGAGGUUGGUGGGUGCGAUGCCUGUUAUUUGUUUUCACCCCUUGGGCAGGUCAGUGGCUUCCUACAUCUGUCCUUGAUGUAAUGUGCAUCUCUUUUUGAACUGGCUCAGGGAAGUCGAGCUCGUCCCCCUUCCUUGCACCCCCGGCCAUUUGUUUCUCGAAGCCUUGUUCUGCUGUCUCAUAGCUGGGUCGAGAGAGGGCUUCCCCAUUUUGCUCUCUAACAGAUAGAGGCAAGCAGGAGCUGAGCCUGCAAGGGCGUGCCAGCCACUCUCUGCAGUGGAAGGGGGGGAAAAAAUAAUAAACCUGGAGGGAGGGAGCCGGUGGAUAGCUCUGCUGCUGCUGCUGUUGUGAAACGGUCUUCCAAUUUUGCAGCGGUGACAGGCUCAGGCCUGCCUGAUGUGCGUGUGCCUUGCCAUCUCUGGAAGGAAAACAGGAGCUGCUCACUUUGUCGCUUGGUCUUGGCCGCUGGCGUCCAAGAAAACUGAACUUGAAAGGCAUGCAGCUUAAUCUGGAAGGGGUUCUGCCCUGGAACCUGUUUUACACGGGAGGUAGUGAUAGCGCAGGGGUAGGCAACCUAAGGCCCAUGGGCCGGAUGUGGCCCAAUUGCCUUCUCAAUCCGGCUCGUGAAUCAGCGUGUUUUUACAUGAGUAGAAUGUGCCCUUUUAUUUAAAAUGCACCUCUGGGUUAUUUGUGGGGCCUGCCAGGUGUUUUUCCAUGAGUAGAAUGUGUGCUUUUUAUUUAAAAUGCAUCUCUGGGUUGUUUGUGGAACAUAGGAAUUCAUUCAUUUUUUCCUGCCCUUCAAAAUAUAGUCCGGCCCACCACAUGGUCUGAGAGACGGUGGACUGGCCCACGGCUGAAAAAGGUUUCUGACCCCUGUGAUAGCGUAUCAUCUGAGCAUGUCUGGAGUGCCUUUCCUUCGCUACCGCAGUGUGCUUUGUGUAGGGCUUCCCUUGAUGAUGGUGUGGAGACUGCAGCUAGUACAGAGCGCCAUGGCAUGAGUUCGAAUUCGUUGGGCCGCCUGUGGUGAUAUGCUGCUAGUUCUGGCUGCUCAGUUCAUCGCUGAGCCCAAUUCAAGGCGCUGGCUUAAAACGGUGAAGCCCUGAAGAGGAUGGGACUCUGUUGUCUCAAAUAGUGGUGCUCCCUAAACUGUUCUGCCUGUGAAUUGAAAUCCGCCACGGCGGUCCUGUUCGCCAUGCCAGCAAUAAACAAAGUCUGGUUGGCCAGAGCCUGGAACAGGGCCUUCUCAGUGGUGGCACCAUGGAGUCCUCUCCUGUUCUGAGGCGGUUGUCAGCACUGGCUGGAUUUUGGCACUAAGUAAAUAUGUUUCUCUUUCCCCAAGCCUAUGAGGAAUUGCACCUGUCUAUAAUUUGGAAUGUUAUCAGUGGAAUGAAUGAGUAUGGUUAAUUUUAAACGAGGAAUCAGAGAAUUGUGUAGAUAUUUUAUGGCUGGCAUUUGGCAAGUGAACAAUUGAGGAUGGUGAUAAUUUGAUUUGUUGAAACCCACCCUGAGACCACUGGUAAAUUUUAUAAAUCAAUAAAAUUAAAUUAAAUAAUUAACAACAGCUAUUACACAUACAUGUGGCAGUAAGCUUACUAGUUGCUGCCCUCCAAGCUUUUCUCAGUAGACAUACUUCGGAUGCUUACUCAGAAGUAAGUCCCACUGUGGAACUUAACUCUCUAGUAUGUUGACGACUGCAACCUUAGAUGGCUUUAAAAACAUAGGAAGCAGCCUCAAACAGAGUCUCGCCAUUAGUCCAUCAAGCUCACCAUAGGAGCCAACUCCUAGGGGCUGAGGUCCCUUCACCCCCCCCAUAAAAUAUUUGAGGGGGCCACCCACCCACCCCAAGUUGACGGGGAUUGGCAUUCAAAUGGGGUGUGUGUGCUGCUUUGUGUGACCAGUUAUACAGGGCUUACCUGGCGCCUCCAAUGUUUAAUUCAAGUUGGCGCCCCGAUUAUAAUGAUGAUUUCAAUUUAUAAGUCACUUCCAGCAUAAGGAGCAUCCAAGUGACUUACAGAAUUUAAAGAGCAUUAAGCGUAAUGUAAAAAAGAAAAUACACAUUGCAAUAAAACCCCGCCCUGAGGUUGCCACACCUUGGGCAGGUGCCCCCAUCAAAAGACUCCAUUCUUCCUAUUCUUCCCUGCAGGGACUUGUGACUAUGAACUGGUUGGCCCCCUCUACACUUGGAAUCUUGCAGCAUCUUCCCGAUCCAGCAUCUUCCGCGCUGCCACGUUCGCUCGGAUUUAUGGUGAGUUCAUCAUGGAGGGACAGACUUCACGCUCUCUCCAGCUCAGUAGCAUUAACAGAUGCAAGACUAAGCCAGUGGCCCAUUGAGUUUUGUUGACUGUCUUCCAAAAUUGGCCCACUGUCCCAAGGCGGUGCACAAGCAAUGCAUGGCAGUAGAAUGUGUCGCUUGUAGGCGACGAUUGCUAUACUGGAUCCAGCCACCAGAGAAGCACAUGGUCUCUAAACGCUGGAUUUGUGGUUGUCACACUAAAUCAGGGUGGUCCAACCCUCAGAUGUGGCCCACGAGACCUUUUUUGGUGGCCCUUAGCAACAUUCAGGAAAAAAAUAUCUUUAAAGCUUUAUAAAUUUAUUUUUGUGUGUGUUAUGCAUUGUUUAUGAAAGUUUGGUGGUUCGAGCCCAGCCAGGGAGGUUCAUGGGUAGAAUUCCUUCAUUGCAGGGGGUCGGACUAGAUAAUCAUCCAACUCUACAGUUCUAGAAUUCCACGAAAGCAGCCGUUUCCUGUAUCUUGUCCUCCCCACCCUCUUUCAGGUGCCGGAGGCUGGUCUCCCGACCCGCAAGACAAGCAACCGUGGCUGCAGAUUGACCUGACCAAGAAAUGCCGUAUCAACGCCAUCGCCACUCAGGGGACCUUCAAUACCUACAACUGGGUGACACGCUACAUUGUGCUCUAUGGGGACCACCCCAGCAACUGGAAGCCUUACUUUCAACAAGGGAGCAAUUGGGUGAGAGAGGAGUUUCUGGCCCUACCUUCCAACAGGGAGGGGGCAGCACUGUGACAUCAGGUGAUUGCUGGGUGGGCACCUUCCUGCCCAAACCUGGCCUAUAAGGGGUUUGGGGUGAUAAUAGUUCCCCACGCCUAUACUGAAGGGUCAUUAGGUAAUUCCAUUGGAAAAGUCCCUCUCGUUUAUUCUGCUUCUUGGCUCCAGAAGUGCUGUAUUUUCCUACUUGGGCACCACAGGGGGUGAAAACCAGCCUUUUCAACUUCCUGUUGUGGAUUUGCAAGGGAUCUACGCAGUUUUCUUCAUGAUUUGUGGCUACUGAAAACAACAGUCCUUUGCUAUGUAGAGAUUCCCAGACUUGUCCUCUAGAAUCGCCUGUUGUAGAUUAUGUGCCCAUAUCUUUAUAUGGUGCAAAAAAGGAACACGCUCGUUUUGCUCAGCCACCCGUUCCCACCACCCCUAAUAUAUGUGAUGGUUCAAAAUACAUAUAUAGAAAGAAUUCCCUGGAUGCCAAGAUCCAGAUCUGGGGCCAGUACGCUUUGGUGAGAGAACCCUAGCAGAGAUUUAAAGUCAUAAAGUAAAGCAUGGAAAUACAGACUUUAAAAUAUGCCCUUCCAAAUUUUCUCACUUCCACUAGCAUAGAAAAAGACCACAUUUUUGAUGUUAAAAAGUGGUUUACUUAUCAACUCUCCAAAGGUCAGAUUCAUGUGCUUUAGAAAGUUGCACAGGCGGUAUGGCUUGGCUUAGCUACAGAGUAGUGAAAGUUCCUAAAUUAUUGGAGUAGGACGUCAAGAGUGGCUUGUGAGAGCCAUGCGGUUGAGCUGGAGCAACCAGCUCAAACCUCUUGACGCAGAGAGCUUCUCAGGUAGACUAAGGUUGAACAAAGCCCUGAUUACAUAGCCCUUCCCAAGGUAAGGGGAAGUGGAUGUAGCUAAGCCUGGCAGGACAGCUUACUCUAUGGUAUUAACCCCUUCAUGCAUUAAUUAGACUUAAGCAUGUUGAUUAUAUGAGGCUUGUUAUCCCACAAUUUGGCCUUGCUGACUGGGCAUGAUGGGGAUUGCAGUCCACAACAUUUGGAGGCUGCCAUAUUGGCUAUCCCUUCUUUAACAUCAGCCUUGAAGGUCCUCCUUGUAUACCUGUCAGUGCAUCAGUUUGGCUGGAGUGGGCAUGGCCUUUUCACCAGUAGCCCCACCCGCCAAAAUGAAAUUGCCUCCCAGGUGAGAUGUGGGUGGCUCUUUCUUUGCAGGCCUUUAAGCAGACAUUCAAGACUUGUCAAUUACAGAUGCCUUUCUAUUAAAAAAAAAAAAUUGUUGUGCCCCUAUACAGGGCUUGAGGGAGUCUUUUGCUAUUAUGGCUUGUCCUGAAAGACCUAUGUACAUUGGCUCCCAGUAUGUUUCCGGGCACAAUUCAAAGUGUUGGUGCUGACCUUUAAAGCCCUAAACGGCCUCAGCCCACUAGACCUGAAGGAACGUCUCCACCCCCAUUGUUCACCCCGGACACUGAGGUCCAGCUCUGAAGGCCUUCUGCUGGUUCCCUCACGGCGAGAAGUAAAGUUACAGGAAACUAGGAAGAGGGCCUUCUUAGUAGUGGCACCCACCCUGUGGAACACCCUCCCACCAGAUGUCAAAGAAAUAAACAACUAUCUGACUUUAAGAAGACAUAUGAAGGCAGCCCUUUUUAGGGAAGCUUUUAAUAUUUGAUGAAUUAUUGUAUUUUAAUAUUUUGCUGAAAGCCGCCCAGAGUGGCUGGGGAAACCCAGCCAGACGGGCGGAGUAUAAAUAAUAAAUUAUUAUUAUUGCUAUAUUAUUAUGAUGUAGUAGGACGACUUGAUAAGUUGGUUUGCUCUUACUUGUUUGCGUUGUACUGCAUAUUAAUACUGUACGGAAGCUGCCUUGUGCCAUUACCGUGAAAAGUGGCUCAUAAAUAUCGAAAAUAAAUAUGUCUUUUCCCAACUGACUGUGUGCCUUCAAGGUCUCGGGCAGAGACUUUUUCCAAGUUCCUUUCCAUGGCAAAUGGCAAAGAACGAACCUGGGACUUCCUACAUGGGGAGAAAAAAAUGCCCUUGCCUGGAGAUUUUGCAUUCUAUUGCCUUAAUUUCUCAUCCCUCCCUUCGGCUCUUAGUUCUGAAAUCCACAAAGUGUUUGUGUGUCUAGGAAGACAGCCCUCUGUGGCUGAUCGUGCUGCUGCUCUUGAGAAGUUUCUCUUCCCAUCACCACUUUGUUUUCCCUUGUGCAGACAUUUUUUGGCAAUGUGAACGCAAGUGGCGUGGCCCUCCACAACCUGCAUCACCCCAUCCUGGCGCGGUACCUUCGCAUCAUCCCUGUGGCCUGGAAUCCACAUGGUUCCAUUGGCUUACGCGUGGGCCUUUACGGCUGCUACUACCGUAAGUGAUUCAAGCUGGGAAUGUCGACUUCUCUUUCAUUUAUUUCAUUUCAUUUUUAUUUCCCCACUCCGAGAUUUAUGUGCAGCGCCGCUCUCUUGUGAUAAAAAUCCCAAAGCGGUUUACGAAAAGGAUAAAGCAGUAGCAUUAUCAGUAAAAAAAUAGUUUAACAAACCCUAUUUGCAAUAUUCAAAAAUACAGUGGUACCUCAGGUUACAGAUGCUUCAGGUUACAGACUCCGCUAACCCAGAAAUAGUACCUCAGGUUAAGAACUUUACCUAAGGAUGAGAACAGAAAUUGUGCGGUGGCAGCGGGAGGCCCCAUUAGCUAAAGUGGUACCUCAGGUUAAGAACAGUUUCAGGUGAAGAACGGAUCUCCGGAACGAAUUAAGUUCUUAACCCGAGGUACUGCUGUAUCAACAAUAAGCCAAAAAACAAAUUAAAACACAUGCUAACAUUCCACGGCAUUCUAAAAACAACUGCUUCACAGAAACGUGAAAUACUUGGAUGCUGUUUAUACCUUCCAAGUAAAAUAAGAUUUGUGGUGGACGCCCUGAAAAUACCUGAAGUGUGUUAUCUAUCUAGUCAGAUUAUUUUACUUUGGGCUCUGAAAUUCCGAAGUUUACAUUGGGGCAAUACAUUUGUUAAUACAUUUUGAACAUGCCCAGUGUUUUUAUUUGCCUUGAUCGAUAUGUUUUCCUAAUAGGCAGUGCUUUUCAUUGAAAAAAAUGAAUGAGGUGCUGGUAUUCAUAUCUUAAUCCAAGUGUUGUGCGUGCCAGCACAAAAUAUUUUUUUAUUCUUUUAAAAACUUUUUAAAUUCAAAAUUAAAACAAAACAUAUUAUCCGGAAACCUAUCAUCCUUAUUCCCCGCCCCCAUUUUUCCCCACCCUCCCACACAAACCUCACCCCACCCCCCAGCUUCCCUCAGUUCCAGUCUCUAAUUUCUCUAAGAAUGCUGUUUUCUGCAUGUUACACAGCUGUAUAGUUCCUCAAACUAUUUAGCUGAUUAUCAUCACAAAAUAGUUACCAGUAGCAGCAAAGACAGAGAGAGGUGACAGUAUUGUGUACCAGUGAGUACUCUCACAAAAAACAGUGUUUGAGAUUACGGACCAACAUGACUCCCUUUUACUUUUUCACAUUAACAAAAAAAUCCAUAAUCAUAGCACAUACUCAAAAUAAAAACUUGUAUGUGUGGAGAAGCAGUUUGGAAAUUGAUUGGCCCCCACAAUCAUUGGUUAAAAGAGGAAAAUAUGGUGCAUGUAUUGGUUUGUUUGUUUUUUCUUAGCAAACUGGGCAGGGAGGGGGAAGAGGGUGAUUUUCCAGAUGUCUUCAAGGUGUGACAUAUUUAGGGCUGAGGAGACAGAUCUAGAUAAUAUGGGGAUAAAAUGGGGGAGCGGAAGGUAUUCAGGAAAUUAAUGGAACCUGAGAUGAAAAUAUAGCUUAGUAACUGAGGCGCUGACUCUUAGUAUUGAUCAGGAGUCACAUGCAAGCAAACUUUGCAAUGGCCAAGGUCCUGUUGGUCUAAUUUGGGACUUGGCAACGGACUGGCUACUAUUGUACUGUCGUACUUGGAAAGGGGGGACGCGGGUGGCGCUGUGGGUUAAACCACAGAGCCUAGGGCUUGUCGAUAAGAAGGUCGGCGGUUCGAAUCCCCGCGACGGGGUGAGAUCCUGUUGUUUGGUCCCUGCUCCUGCCCACCUAGCAGUUUGAAAGCACGUCAAAGUGCAAGUAGAUAAAUAGGUACCGCUCCAGCGGGAAGGUAAACGGCGUUUCCGUGCGCUGCUCUGGUUCGCCAGAAGUGGCUUAGUCAUGCCGGCCACAUGACCUGGAAGCUGUACGCCGGCUCCCUCAGCCAGUAAAGCGAGAUGAGCGCCGCAACCCCAGAGUCGGCCACGACUGGACCUAAUGGUCAGGGGUCCCUUUACCUUUACUUGGAAAGGAGACUUGACUGGAAGCAGCUGUGCAACUGCUUUGCUCCUCUUCCCCGCAGAGUCUGACGUCUUAUAUUUCGAUGGCGACGAUGCCAUCGCCUACAAGUUCCGCACCAGAACAGUCCGUACCGUCCAAGACAUGCUUGGGUUCAACUUCAAGACGAUGGAACGCGAGGGGAUCUUAAUGUACGCGGCGGGGGCCCAGGGCGACUACAUCAGCCUGGAACUGCAGCAGGCCCAACUGGUCUUCAGCAUAAGCCUUGGUGAGUUUGGAGGGGGGGAAACCAUGCAAGUCCCUACUCAGAGAUAGGCAACGUGGUGCCCUCCAGCUUUCAUUGGGCUCCAAGUCCCAUCAUCCCUGACCAUUGACCACACUGGUGCCAGAUGGUGACAAGCUGCUAAGGCAGUGAUUGGGUACCUGGGUGGAAAUCUGCAGUUGUGACAUAACUAAUUUGUGAAUAUCCUUGUUUGAUGUGAGAGUAAAUAACUGAUAACAACAACAACAAUUUUAUUAUUUAUACCCUGCCCAUCUGGCUGGGUUGCUCCACCUUCCAACACAUAUAAAAACAUAAUAUAACAUCAAAUAUUAAAAACUUCCCCAUACAGGGCUGUCUUCAGGUGUCUUCUAAAAGUUGUGUAGCUCUUUAACUCCUUGACAUCUAAUGGGUGGGCAUUCCAGUAUACCUGAAGGAGCGUCUUCACGCCCAUCGUUCAGCCCAGACACUGAGGUCCACCUCCGAGGGCCUUCUGGCGGUUCCCUCACUGCGAGAAGAGAGGUUACGGGAAACCAGGCAGAGGGCCUUCUCGGUAGUGGCGCCCUCCCUGUGGAACGCCCUCCCAUUAGAUGUCAAGGAAAUAAACAACUAUUUGACGUUUAGAAGACAUCUGAAGGCAGCCCUGUUUAGGGAAGUUUUUAAGGAUUGAUGUUUUAAUGUAAUUUUAAUCUUUUGUUGGAAGCCACCCAGAGUGGCUGGGGAAACCCAGCCAAAUGGGCAGGGUAUAGAUAAUAAAUUAUUAUGAUGAUUAUUAUUACUGCUACUACUACAGAAGCACAAUGAAGGCAUAACAUUAAUCAAGGCAGUCAAACUCAUAGCAAUGCAUGUAGAUGUUUCAGGGUGCUAAGAUUUGAGAUUUCGUUUAGCAGACUUCUCCUGUGAAGCUCUCUGGCAGAGGUGGUGCAGUUUGCAACGUCUGCAUGCAAGACUUUGGCAGCUGAGCCCACUAAGCAGCUCAGGCUAAGCAGAGAUGAUCUUGAGCUGAAAUGACAUAAAGUUGAUAGACUUUCAUCUUUAAAUGUGAGCACCGCAUUUGCAUGUGAAAUGGCUGUAUUUGUGAGAGAGAUUUAAAGGGCAUGCGAAUGGGUGGAUGGGUGCACGCCAAACCUUUCUGCUGCCCUUCAUCCCCCUGCUUCCAUCUCCCCAGCUACUUUUAUCUCAGCUAAUCUCUUGAUAGCGAAAGUGAGCUUAGCUGGGAGAAAGCGUCUGUGGAGGAUAAAGCUGGCUGGAGUAAGGGCCCUACACUUCUUUGACCUUUCAGAAUUGCAACCCACAUCUGCCACACCUGUGAAUAGACACAAGAUAAUAUCAGUGGUAAAGUGGUAAAGGGACGUGGGUGGCGCUGUGGGUUAAACCACAGAGCCUAGGACUUGCCGAUCAGAAGGUCGGUGGUUCGAAUCCCCGCGACGGGGUGAGCUCCCGUUGCUCGGUCCCUGCUCCUGCCAACCUAGCAGUUCGAAAGCACGUCAAAGUUCAAGUAGAUAAAUAGGUACCGCUCCGGUGGGAAGGUAAACGGCGCUUCCUUGCGCUGCUCUGGUUUGCCAGAAGCGGCUUAGUCAUGCUGGCCACAUGACCCGGAAGCUGUACACCAGCUCCCUCGGCCAAUAAAGUGAGAUGAGCGCCGCAACCCCAGAGUCGGCCACGACUGGACCUAAUGGUCAGGGGUCCCUUUACCUUUACCUAAUAUCAGUGGUACCUUGGUUUUCCGAGUGUCUUGGAAGCCAAACAUUUCGGUUUUCGAAUGCCGGAAACCUGGAAGUAAAUGUUUCCGUUUUCGAACGCGCCUCGGAAGUCAAACGUCUCCCACUGCGUUUUUUCCCCAAAUUUCUCUAUUGAAAUUGCCAACUGCCCUUUACGCCUUAGUUGCCGAACUUUUCGGAAGUCAAACGGUGUUCCGGAAUGGAUUAUGUUCAACAACCGAGGUACCACUGUUUCUGUAAACAAACAAUAACCGUCCCCAAAAAUGGCAAAAGUAGUUUCUUUCCCAAAUAGGUUUUAUCUUAAACAAUGGCAAACGCAGUAAAUAAAGAGUUCCCUUGUAAUAUGUCAGCGGUUCAGUGCUCAUUUCUUCUCUUUCCAAAAUAGAUUUUAUCUUGAACAAUGGCAAACAUGGUAAUAAAUGGUCCACUUGUAAUGUAUCAGUGGUUCAGUGCUUGGACGUUGUUCUGGUAACCUGGCAUUUCGUCGCUAAAGAGCUUAGUCAUCGAGCUUUGUAGUAAAUAGUGUACAAGAGAAGACUGUUGGCAGUAAUCCAGCCUAGAGGCCACCAGAGCAUAGACAACAGAAGUUAGACUAUUCCUGUUCAGAUAGAGGCACAGCUGAGCCACCAGCCAAAGCUGAUGGAAGGCACUCCACAUCACUGAGGCCACCUGAACCUCAAGCAACAGCAAAGGAUCCAGGAGGAGCCCCAAGCUAUCUUAUCUGCUCCUUCAGAGGGAGUGUAGGGAACCACCCACUAACAGACUUAGCUGGAUUGAACUUCAGUUUAUUGGCUUUCGCCCAGGCCGUUACCAAGGCAAGACUGCAGUCCAUCACACAUCCACUGCCACACCUGCAGAUAUUAAAUAAAUAAUAGAAUAAUAUAUUGUUAUAUUAAUGGUCUAUUAUUGUAUUAACUUUUCCUUAGUUCACUGACUGAUUUGAUUUUGUAUCCUGCUCUUCCUCCCCCAAAAGCCCAGGGUGGCAAACAAAUAAUGCUGUUUAAAAAGGAAACAAAAAACAUGACAAUUAAUGACAAUGUAAAUAAUAAAAAAUCAAUUUAAAACGCCCUGAAAGCUGUUGGAGAUCUUCGAUUCAGAGAUCUGCAGGUUUCCUGGAACAGUGUUCUUCAGCCACCCAAAUUCCUGAGUUGCAGCUUCAGAAUUGACCUCUUGCUCAGUUUUCUGGGAAUUUUCUUUCAGUACAUAAAAACAGCAUUCUUUGCCUGUCUUCUGCCCAUGUGUAUAUACUGGCUCACCAAAUAACCAAGGCCAAAAGUUGGAUUUAAGAGGGGCACUGAAAGAACUCGAAUGACUUGGCUCUGCUCUUCUGCGGAAAAUAUCUCCCGCAUCCUGUUGACAUGCUGUUUCUGCUCCCCAGGCAACAGCUCACUAAACAUGAGCGGAGGGGAGACGAUUAUGAAACUGGGAAGUCUCUUGGAUGACCAACACUGGCACCAAGUUCGCAUCGACCGCUACAGGCGAUUUGUCAAUUUCAGCUUGGACGGGGAGGUCUUGCAGUACCGCCUUAACGGAGAGUUUGAUCAGCUUGACCUGGACAAAGAGGUGAUUGGGAUGGCAUGGCAUGGUGGGCAGCUGCUCCCAGCUCUGCCAGGGGUUUACACUUGUGAUGCCCUGAUUGGAGAUUUUAAAUUUAAGCCCCAAAUUGAACCCUGCUCUUCUCCCUUUCUCCAUGGCAGUGGUACCUUUCAGUGUUUCCCAGCCUUACAUAUUUGAUCCCCUCUGGGUUUCCUUGACUUCUGCAGAUCUUCUUUGGGGGAAUAAUGAACUAUGAGAAGCAGCGCCUUGUCUAUCGGCCAAACUUCCGUGGCUGCAUGGAAAACAUUGCCUACAAUUUGGUCUAUAUCAGCAACUUGGCAAGACGUCGUAAACCGUCUAUUAGGAUCGAGGUGAGGAUGAACGUGUUACUGUGGUCUGCAAAAAUAGAGAGAGAGAACUUUGUUUAGUUGCCCCUGACUCUGUUGUAGAUGUUUGCUAAGAUUGCGGAAGCAGCUUUGUUGUUGUUUAGUCGUUCAGUCAUGUCCGACUCUUCGUGGCCCUAUGGACCAGGCACUCCUGUCUUCCACUGCCUCCCGCAGUUUGGUCAGACUCAUGUUGGUAGCUUCGAGAACACUGUCCAACCAUCUCGUCCUCCGUCGUCCCCUUCUCCUUGUGCCCUCCAUCUUUCCCAGCAUCAGGGUCUUUUCCAGGGAGUCUUCUCAUGAGGUAGCCAAAGUCUUGGAGCCUCAGCUUCAGGAUCUGUCCUUCCAGUGAGCACUCAGGGCUGAUUUCCUUCAGAAUGGAUCGGUUUGAUCUUCUUGCAGUCCGUGGGACUCUCAAGAGUCUCCUCUAGCACCAUAAUAGUCCAAAUGUAGGGCUCUUCGGCUUACACUUAUUCUAUUAUGAGGCUUGCAUUGACCAUGCAGCCCUCUGCACUUCUGUUAUUUUCUCUCUCUAGUAAAUUCAGAAGCAAGUAGACUUUUAUAGAGAUGCCUGCAUAUUCAGCCCCCAGACAUAUUUUCCUCUGGGUCUGCUGCCCAUCACCUGUUCAGUGGGGAGCAACGGAGAGAGAAAAGGACAAUGUUGUAUAAAGUGUAUGGCCGCUGCUCAUUUUUCUGUAAGAAAAGAUAAAAGUAGCAGAGAUAAUGCCUGAACAGAAAGGUGGAUCCUUAUUCCGUGCUAAAUGUUGCAUGUAUUUUGUGAUUGCACGUUUGGUGAUGCAAUUGCAUUUUGAAGUUUGAGGCUCUGAACAGCUGAGAAGCAGGACUUGCAGUUGACAUUGACAUUUUCCCGCUGAGAUGAUGGAGGUUUUUUAAAAAAAACCUCCUGCAAAGUCAGGACACCUAAAGGAUGUGGGAUGCUUUUGUUUUACAAAGUUUGUAGAUGAAAGAAAGUCAAAGGACUGAAAUUCUGAGGUGUCAGAAAAGGUUAUUUAUGUAUGCAACAACUGUGGCCUGUGCUUUGUUAGCCCCAAAAUGGAAAAUGAGUGAGGUCCCAACCAAAGAAGAUUGGCAACUUAAAUUGACAAAAUAUGCACGACUUGCAGACUUAACAUACAGAAUAUGAGAACAAGAAGAACAUACGUUUAGAGAAGAUUGGAAAACGUUUCUCGAAUAUAUGGAAAAUAAUUGUGCACAGCUGACAACGCUGGCAGCAUUAAGAUAAAUUCAACAGUGUAACUAAGUUUUGAAGGCUGCAAUAAUGGAAAACCGAUUGGUGUAGUUUUUGUAAAACAUGCAGGGAUAUAAGAUACGUAAAAUGAAUCACAGAAAUAGAAGAUGGGAAGUCAUCGAUACCUUAAGUAUGUAAAAUGUUUAUCUGAAAUUGUAAAACAUAAAAUUUAAUAAAAAUCAUAUUUAAAAAAAGGAAAGAAAGUCGAAGAAGUAAAUGGAAUGAGAACGCCGAGUGGAGUUACGCCUCUGUUUCCACCUACAUCCGAGGCUACUUCAGGCACUGCCCUGUUCUUAGCACCAGAAACAUGAUAACAUUAAUUUUAUUCCAAAAGAAGCCGGAGAUUUGCAACCUGCAGAGUUGUGUGCCUGUUAAUAAGUCCAUCUGCUGCACAGUGCAGUCACAGGAGCAUAUGGCCCUGCUGUGAUGGAACAUCAACCAAGCCACCUCCUUAGCUGUCUUCUCCUUUGUUUCAGGGCCACUUGGGCGACUACUGUCGAGACAACCUCUUGUUCCCUUUCACCUUCGCUGGGGUCAACAACUUCUUGCAGGUGCCCGGGUACCCGCGCCGCAAUCAGCUGGCCGUCAGCUUCAGCUUCCGCACCUGGGACGUUGUGGGGCUGCUCAUGUACACGUCCUUUGCAGACGACCUGGGCUGGCUCGAGAUGGUGUUGAGCGACGGGCAGAUCAACGUGACCAUCGCUCAGCCAAAAACCAAAACGAAGACCAAGAAGCUGGAGUUUGCGGCAGGUAUGGGGAGGGGACGGAGGAGGGACGGUUUUCUUCUACAGUGGUACCUUGGAUAGUGGUUGAACAACUUGGAACCCGAACGCUGCAAACCCAGAAAUAAGUGUUCUGGUUUGCGAACAUUUUUCGGAAGCCGAACGUGCUCCAUUUUGAGUGUUACACUUCCAAUUUGAGUGCUACACUUCCGAUUUGAGUGCCACGCUUCCGUUCCAAGUGUUACGCUGAGAUCUGUCUGUUUUUGCUAUUUAUUUUGCAUUUUUGUUUUUGCGGCUUUCUUUUGUUUUCUUGACUGUGUGGAACCCAGUUCGGUUACAGUGGUGCCUCGCAAGACGAAAAGAAUUUGUUCCGCGAGUCUUUUCGUCUUGCGAUGUUUUUCGUCUUGCGAAGCACGGUCCGUCGCAACUGCGCCUCUUCAAGCGGCUUUAAAAAAAAAGCACAAGACGUUUUCGUCUUGCAAAGCAAGCCCAUAGGGAAAUUCGUCUAGCGAAGCAACGCAAAACCGAAAAACCCUUUCAUCUAGCGAGUUUUUCGUCUUGCGAGGCAUUCGUCUUGCGGGGCACCACUGUACUGACGGAUUGAUUGUGUGACUGCAGUACAUUGUUUAUUGCUUUCAUUUUUUCGAUCAGUGGUCUACUUAGACAGUAAAAUUCAUGUUAAAUUGCUGUUUUAGGGGUUGUUUUUAAAAGUCUGGAACGGAUUAGUCCUUUUUGCAUUACUUUCUAUGGGAAAGUGUGCCUUGGUUUUGGAACACUUUGGUUUUGGACCGGAAUUCUGGAACGGAUUAGGUCUAAGAACCAAGGUAUCACUGUAAUUGUUUUGAGGUGAAACUUUAAAAUGCCUGCCCUGGAGGCAAAACGGAUGAAUGCAAUGUAGCAUGCCGUUUGGGUUUUUUUGUUUUUGUUUUAAAAAUUAUGCAUUCUGUUGCAUUGUGUCAUCAGAAUCACUCAAGGUAGCAGAUAUUUCAUUGAGGGCUUUGGUGGCCCCAGAUGUGGGGGCCCGUGGCUCCAGCGUGAGGAGUCUGAGGAGUCUUAUCCCCUCGUGUCCCUCCACCCACAGGAUAUCGCCUGAAUGAUGGCUUCUGGCAUUCGGUGGCCUUGAUGGUGCGCGAAACCAUGGCCGUCAUCACCAUCGAUGACCAGAAUGACGCCAGCUUCCGUGUUGACAGAGACAUUCAGCUGCGCACGGGAAACCAGUACUUCUUUGGAGGUGGGUUCUGGGCUGGUUAAGGGUUAAAGGGGGAACUGGACAUUUUUUUGCAAGAGGGUGGGCUGACAGUUGGUUAACUAAUAGGCAGUCGUCAGGCUUCGGGGAAUCCUAUCCCUCCCACAUAGCAGCCAAGAAGAAGAGAAACAAUAAAAGUUCUUACCAAGUAAUUUAUUCAAUAUUCACAGAGAGACACGAAGGUAUGCAGUAUCCCCUAGAUAAUGGCGUUGCUCCAAGUCUCUUGGCGUCUCUUCUGUUCUCUGUCACCCCUGCAUCGGCUAAUCUGAGCUUUCUGCCUCUGAGCUUUUUGUUCUACUACCCUCAAUGCUCAUCUGGUUCUGGGAGAGGGGGGUCAGGAAUGCUUUCUAAAGGCACUGAGUCUGUAAGCUGUCUCUCCCCUGGUGCUGCUUCUUCUUCCUGCUGCUCCCCCAAUAUUCCCCAGCUUCUCCACUCUUCAGCCACUGAACUGUGACCUUCUGCAAACCACUGUUCUAAAUCUAUAAUGUCCUCUUGUUCUCGGGAAGGUUUGGGAGAAGGGGCAGUGACCCCCACCAUUCCUCCUCAGUCUAGCCCCUGACAGCAGCAAGCUCUAUGGGUCCACGGGAGCUGCCUGCUGAUGUACUGCUUUUGAGAACAACUAUUAAGGGAGGCACCUGAGAAGAGAUGGGGAGGCAGCCAGGCGCAUGUAUUGUAAGCUGCUCUGAGUUACCUUGGGAAAAGAGUGACCCAUACAUUUAAUAAAUAAUAAAAACGAAAAGAGGAACAAACGGCUCAGUUGUUUUAAGCCAUUUUAAUCUAGGUGCAAAUUGAAGUUUGAAGGUGUUGGAACGAGGCCUAGCUAAAUCUCAUGGUCACGGAAAGGAGGAGCGUAGACUAAGGAGGACUGUUCUAGAAAUGGGGGCUAGUCAUCAGUGCCAUCACCUCCAAGGUAAAAAGAACAGGACAGAAGAAGCCCAAAAGCAAAAUGCAUUGCAAACUAAAUGUACAAUAGUAAAGGUAAAGGGACCCCUGACUAUUAGGUCCAGUCGUGGCUGACUCUGGGGUUGCGGCACUCAUCUCGCUUUACUGGCUUAGGGAGCCGGCAUACAGCUUCCAGGUCAUGUGGCCAGCAUGACUAAGCCGCUUCUGGCGAACCAGAGCAGCGCACGAAAACACCGUUUACCUUCCCACCGGAGUGGUACCUAUUUAUCUACUUGCACUUUGACGUGCUUUCGAACUGCUAGGUGGGCAGGAGCAGGGACCGAGCAACGGGAGCUCACCCCGUCACGGGGAUUCGAACCGCCGACCUUCUGAUCAGCAAGCCUUAGGCUCUGUGGUUUAACCCACAGCGCCACCCACAUCCCACAUAUAAUACACAGGGCAUCACGUUAUUUCCUCAUCCAAUCACUUUUUUUGUUUCUGUUUCGUGAAACGUAACGGAGGAAUUUCCCCCUUCCUUUUGGUUGAUGGUCGCUGCGUCUUUCCUAGGCUGCCCCAAGCCAGCCUCUCGUACCGGCUGUGCCUCCAACCAAACGGCCUUCCAUGGGUGCAUGCAGAUGGUCAGCGUGGACCGGCAGCCCAUCGAGUUAGAUAUGGUCCGUCUGCACCGGCUCGGCAAGUACUUUGAGGUGUACUUCAACGUGUGUGGCAUCACAGACAGGUACGCUUGCCGGAGUGGCAGUUCUGGCCUGGGCAGAAGAUGGUGGCUUCGGCUGGCAAGACCAGGGGAUGAGGUCUAGCUGGUUCUCCCUGCUGUCUGUUUGGGCCAAGCCUAUAGAAAUAGCAUGGUAGGAACCCAGGGGAUGCUCUGAGAGUGUGCGGGGUCUGGGUCCAGGUCAGUGCUUGCAUGGGAGAUGCCCAGAAAGCUCACUCACACAUCAUUUAAUUUUUAAUUCUUUUAAUUUUAUUGAAGGUUUUCAACUAUAUUAUUGUAUUGUAUUGUAGUGUAGUGUAGUGUAUUAUUUAUAUAUACCCCGCCCAUCUGGCUGGGUUUCCCCAUCUACUCUGGGCGGCUUCCAACAAAAGAUUAAAAACACAUUGAAACAUCAGACAUUAAAAACUUCCCUAAACAUAGACCAUUAAAUUUAAUAGACCAUUAAAUUCAAACUAAACUAAAAAGAAUAAUAAAAAACAAACAGAAAAAACUAGAGAAAAAGAAAGAUACAUGAAUAAUAACCCUUAUAUGCUCCUCAUAAAAUUAUAAAUAUAUCUACGUAGGCCUCAGAGAGUUGAAUCUUCCUGCCUCCCACCUGGGAGAACUUCUCCUUCUUGAGUCUCCCACUCUGAGAAAAACCACUCUGGCCUGCUUCUCAUAAUAGGCUCCUUCCUCUUCUCUCUGUAGCUCCCUCAAUAUGUUUUCUUGAAGGCAGGCGAGAUGUGGACUUCCUUGCCCAGAUGGAGGAGAAAUGUUUUUGUAUUCUUCAAUCUGGUCUCGGCAAGCUUUGGGGGACGCUUGGGAAAAAUGGUUCAUGCUGGACUCGGAAGGUGCAUCUUGUCUGCUAUGCCUACUCCUGUUCCUCAGGAAAGGGCUUGAAAAUAACCUAGCAGAUGUCAUCUCACCAGUUUAGAGAGAUCGGAGCUUUUGCUCGCAGUUGAAAUAUCAACACAGUUAUUUUUUGAUCGCCUCCUUCUCAAAGAACCUUCGAGAGUGGGGAAAGGACCUUCUAAAAUUAUCAUGAAAGUGGAGAAAAAGGUUAAGGAACUUGGGGGAAACACACAGAUUCUUUAUAAAAAAAUUUAAGGGAUGUUGUAGAUACUAGGAGAUGAUAUAUUGAUUUAAUAGUGUCCUUCCUAACUCAUGCUUGUGAGUGAGCAGCAGAGUGCAUUCUCCACAAUAUAUAUCAGGAAGCUAGUUGGUAGAUUCGUUUGAAUCUCUUUACUUAAGCAAUCCUAUGUGGCUUUGUUCAGCUUGGGUUUGGUUCCUGGUAAGUCCCCUUUUAUCCCUCCCAAAAAAGAAUAAAGACACAACAGUCUUCUUUUAAAAGAAAUAAGAAGUUUACUCACAUUCAGUUCACGGUUGGAUCCCUCUAAGCUUUAGCUUAGAGUUACAGAAGAGGGUUUGAGUUCAUCCCAUAUGGGAAUGAGCCCAUGUCCUGGUGGCUGAGAGCCAGCAGACAACAAAAUACUUCAGUUUCAAGAGGAAGAAGAAGGGAGGUGUCUGCGUAACCCCUUUUAUGUGGUCUCCCAGGAUCACACCCACCAACCUGGUCACACGCAGGGGGAGGACGCUCCAGACCAGGUGUGAUAGGAAGUCCUCCUGGCUGUGGAGUAACACCCCUCUGUGUGUCCACUCUGGGCAAACAGGAAGUGUUGUACUUGACUGCUUGUGUUACAUACCACAAAUGGGGCAAAUGCCCCUGAAGAAAACUAGCCCAGGGUGUUCAGUAGCCAGUAUCUGGGGGUGGGAGAAUUUAAAAUCUUGAAUGGAGAUGGAAUAGGGUCUCCUGGAAGGAGGGCAGACUGGCAGAAGUGUGCCACACUGCCAUGUUAUGUUGCAGGUCCCACUGCAGGAGGCUGGCAGUGCCAUCAUGCUUUAAUGUUGUAAACUGCCCUGUGAUCUUUCAACAAAGGGCGGUACGUAAAUUUAAUAAAUAAUAUUCAUGAUCACAGUCAUGCCGUGCCUAUGAGCUUACUGUGGGUAUUGGCUUUGCCAAAGGUGAAGUCAAAAGCGCCAGGCUAGAGGGGUCCCGCAAGGCAGUUUUCGAUGUUUCAGGAGUGGCAGUUGUCUUGCCAACAAACUAGAAAAGAGAUGGUGUACCAGGAAGCUUGACUGACUGAUUGAUUGAUUGAUUGAUUGAUUGAUUGAAUUUAUAUUCCGCCCUAUAUCCGGAGAUCUCAGGACAGCUCACAGAACACAAAACCACAAAAUAUAUUAUCAAGAUAAAAACAACAACCCAAUUACCACCCCCAACCACGUUUUAAAAGGGCAUCGGAUGUCAAUCAAAUCUACCAAAGGCCUGGUUAAAAAGGAACGUUUUUGCCGGGCACCUAAAGGUGUAUAAUGAAGGCGCCAGGCGAACUUCCUUGGGGAGAGCAUUCCUCAGAUGGGGAGCCGCUGCAGAGAAGGCCCCGUUCUCGUGUUGCCACCCUCCGGACCUCUUGAGGAGGAGGCUUGGAUCCCUGCUGCGAUGGGGAGUCCCUUCCUCUAGUGCCAGCUUGCUUCUCAUGUCAUCCCAGGUGCACUCCCAACAUGUGCGAACAUGGAAGCCGCUGCAUCCAGUCCUGGGAUGACUUCACCUGCAUCUGCGACUUGACGGGCUACAAGGGGGAGACCUGCCACACACGUGAGGCCCUGAGGAUGGAGAGGGGAAGGGAGAACUUGAGGUGCUGACCACACGAGUGCUGACCCUUCACUUUCUUCUUAAACCUUGCAGCCGUUUACAAGGAAAGCUGCGAGGCCUACCGACUCAGCGGCAAAGUAUCUGGAAACUACACCAUUGACCCGGAUGGCAGCGGGCCCCUGAAACCCUUUUACGUCUACUGUGAUAUUCGAGGUAUGGUGGAAAUGUGUGGGAUACUGGUCUUUAUCAGGGGGUGUUCAGUGCAGGCUGGAAUAGGCACAGCAGCGAAAAGAAAAGGGAGUCUUGUAGUAUAUGCAGAGAGCAAAGCCAUCAUCGCUGAGCAAAAUGAGCCAGACUCUACCAAUAUAUUAUUUAGAUGCCCAAGUAGCCCAGGCACUGUGCAAAAACUGUUGAAAGAGAAUAUGUCAGAACCUGAAAGCUUUACAACAGAAAUCUUCAGCUUGUAAUCUAAAUUUUGCAAAGGGGUAGUGUAUCAUUUUUAUGUGCUGAAUAUCGGCAAGCAACGCCCUUUCCUUUCCUGGAAUGCUGCUUUUCUGUAUUGUUGCUGAUUUAUGGAAUGUGGCAUCACAUGAAAAAACAUUACUGGUUGUAUUUUGCUGCUCGUCUAAAUAGCAACAAGUGUUGCGGCAGAGAGCGCUUUUAAAAAAUGGCAAAUGGAAAAGGCCAGAAGCAUAAUGGAGGUGAGAGGUGUUGGGGACUGGCUGGACCAAAGCGGAAUAGUGGGAGCCCCAAGAGAAGCCCCAGAGGAGGAAGGAGCAGAGCCUGGGGAUUGGUGGUGGGACACUGAGGAGAGGUCAGAGGGAGAACUGGAUGCUGAAGGGGCAACGGGGUUUAGUGAGCAGCGAGAGCCGGUGACAGGGAGCAGUUCAGACUCAGAGGAUGAAGCAGAGGAGGUGGGUUCAAGAGGCUGCUGAAGAAUCCAAGGAGUCUCCCUCUUCAGCUGUGACAAGCUCCCCUCCCUGCUGGUCUCUAAGAUAAUGAGAGCAAAACAGAGGGCAGAGGUGCGCAGACACAGUUUGAGACUGCUUGGGAAAUGUCUGGGAGAGGAGGAGCUUUAGACAGGGUGGAAGGCAGGGGCCUUCAGUUCUGGCAACUGCUCUGGCAAGACCUACUGGGAAUUGUUGCUGAGUUGUAUGCCGUAUCCUUGAAUAAGGAGUUAGCUUCACGGGCAAUUGCCUCUGCCUCUCUGUGCUGAGCUGCAUUGACUCCAACCUUGACGAGUUGUGGCACCUGGUGCGAUUCCUAGCAUCUCGAAGUAGGACGGGUUACCCAGCCUGAAAUCCUGCCAGCCAGUGUAGACAGCACUGGGCUAGGCUGAUCGAUCAUUCAGCUUUUGUAAGGUCUUCUGAUGGAGGCUGGCUCUGUAAACUGGCUACAGAGGGUUUCCAUAGCCAGCCCUGCAGGCCACUGUCUCCAUUGCAUGGGGGGGGCAGUUGUUUUUCCUGUCGCACACUCGUUUUGCACCCUUUCUGCCUUCCAGAGGACCGGGCUUGGACCAUCGUCUGGCACAAUCGAUACUGGGUCACACGAGUGACCGGUUACAGCCCUGAAAGGCCUUUCCUGGGCACUGUGGACUACUGGAACGCCUCGUGGAGCGAGGUGUCGGCUCUGGCCAACGCCUCCGAGUACUGCGAGCAGCAAAUUGAGUUCCGCUGUUACUUCUCUCGCCUGCUCAACACCCAGAGUAAGUGACCAGGCGGACGGAGCUGCACGGCUGCACCCUCGGGUGCUGUGUGGGUUUCGCUUUUAGCACCUGCUAAAAUUUGAAAUUUGCUAAAAUUGAACCAUUCCAGGUGGCUUGUUUUGGUUCUGCCUCUUCUCCCUGGUCCCUGUGCAGAACCUGUUUUUCUCAAGUGGGAAACUUCUAAAGUUAGGCUCAUGUUUUCGGUGGGUACCUUGCCCUACCUUCUGUGCCAUCGUUCCCCAAGUUGGUGCCUUCCAGCUGGUGCUAAAAUACAACUCCCAUCAUCCCAUUGGGCAUGCUAGAUGGGGGUGAUGGGCAUCGGAGAUGGGGCUCUGUGUGCAGGCAGCCACUCAGAAGGACUGUAAAAGUAAAGGUAAAGGGACUCCUGACCAUUAAGUCCAGUCGUGGCCAACUCUGGGGUUGCAGCGCUCAUCUCGCUUUAUUGGCCGAGGGAGCCGGCGUACAGCUUCUGGGUCAUGUGGCCAGCAUGACUAAGCCGCUUCUGGCGAACCAGAGCAGCGCACAGAAACGCCGUUUACCUUCCCACUGGAGCGGUACCUAUUUAUCUACUUGCACUUUGACGUGCUUUCAAACUGCUAGGUUGGCAGGAGCAGGGACCGAGGAACGGGAGCUCACCCCGUUGCGGGGAUUCGAACCGCCGACCUUCUGAUCGGCAAGUCCUAGGCUCUGUGGUUUAACCCACAGCGCCACCGGCGUCCCUCCCAGAAGGACUGUUGUUCCAGGUAAACCACCUGUUUCUUUCAGAUGGGUCCAAGGGCUGAGCCAAGCCCUGGAAUGCCACCUGUUCCAACACCUCUCUUGAGCCUGCCUUCAUAUGAUUCACUAGGCAUUGCUCACUCUACUCUGAGGUUGAUCUUUACCUGUAUCAUGACUAGAAACUUGAAAGUAUUCAUGCUCCCCAAAGAAGCAUGGAGCAUGGGAGCAUGAAUACUUUCAAGUUUUGGGUUAUUAUAGGGACAGAACUACCUAAAAUUGUAUAGAAAUUUAUUUAUGUAUGCUACUACAGCAGCAAGAACGCCACUUGCCCCAAAGUAGAAAGAAGCAGAAAUCCCAGUAAAGGAAGAAUGGAUACAAAAACUCAUGGAAUAUGCAGAAAUGGCAAAACUUACUGGAGGAAUAAAAAAUAAAGAUAGCAAACUUUUUUUUAUAAAAGAAUGGAAACGGUUUAUUGAAUAUUUACAGAUAAAUUGCAAACAGAUAAAAACAUUAUCAGGAUUAUUGUAACAACCUGCAAUUUCACAAGAGUGAAUAUUUACAGUAGAUAAUUAAAUGAGCAAGUGAAAUGAAUUUCAAUAUGCAGACGAUAUUAACAAAUAAUAAUAAGGAACCGCAGAAAGGGAAGAAAGUCGAAUUUUGAAAUGUGGAAUUGAUUGUAAAACUAAUGAAAUGUAUAAACUUGAAAAGUAUAUAUAUAAAAAAGUAUUCACGGCUGGAAAAAAUUCAGGGUGCUGAGCUUUGCAUUACCCGAUGGCACUGUUGUCACAGAAUGCAGGCAACCCCCCUAGACAGAGGAGAUCUUUACUAGGAAGAGAUCUUCAGGUUGUGUUAGAUAUCUGAAUGAAAACGUAAGUUUGGUAUGCAGAGGCAGCGGAGUGGGUUAAAUGGACCUCUGGCCUGAUUCAGCAGGUGGUAGUUUUGCCUCAUCGCUGUCAACUUUCAGAUUUGAAAAUAAGGGACCAGCAGCCUCGAAAAUAAGGGAUCAGCAGCCUCACCUGUCCCGUGGACAGCCUACGGGAUAUCUAACAAUCUGGGAUAGCAGCGGGAAACGGCGCUGGAAUAAAGGAAUUUCCCACAAAAAAAGGGAAGGUUGACAGAUAUGUUUUUCCGUCUGCCUGCGAGCAGGCUCUGUGAGAUCUCCCUCUGACAGGCUCUCUCGUUCUUCCUUAGCUGGGAUGCCGCUGAGCUUCUGGAUGGGCCGAAACGAAGAGCGCCAUUACUACUGGGGGGGCUCUCCCCCAGGGCUGGGGCGCUGCGCUUGUGGCAUGGACAAGAACUGCGCCGACCCCCGUUUCUACUGCAACUGCGAUGCGGACCAUGCCAUGUGGUGAGAGAGAAGGCGGCCCUCGUCCCUCCAAGGAGGGCCUUGGGUGGUCAUGGCGGCGGGUGCGAAACGUAUAUUCCUAACUGAUAGCGGGCCCAGUUUCCCACAACCAUGGUGUUAUGUACUGAAGUUCUCACCCUGGGCCAGCAGGGGGAUACUGUAAAUAGUUCAGGUCCACAUGCAAAUAAGGGAUCAAAAGUGACCUUCAGUGAUUGGAUAGUUACAGAAAGUUGUUACUGUUGCAUUGUAGUGGAGCUCUAUAUAAGCAGGCUGGCUGAACCCUUCAGUUCAGUUCAGUUCUGGCCUCUGAAUAAACAAGAGCUGUUUGAAGAAUCGCUGUGUCGUCUGAUAUGUUCACCCACAACUUAACACAUUGCUCUCUCUCUCUUCCAGGCGGGCGGAUAAAGGGCUGCUGAAUUUUGUCGACCAUCUUCCUGUCACGCAGGUGGUGAUCAGCGACACGAACCGCACCGGGUCGGAGGCCCAAUUCUAUGUGGGCCCGUUGCGUUGCUAUGGCGACCGUGAGUAGCGGACUGAGGAUACGGAUGCCGUUCCCUCGUGUGUCUAUCGGAAUGGAUGGAGGGCCCCUGAGGGAGGACGGGAUGGGGCUCGCACCCAUUUUUACAUGCGCUAAUAACGGACUUCCUACGAUUUGCAGGCAACUCUUGGAAUACCGUUUCUUUCGUCCGGGGAAUGGCUUUGAUCUUCCCCACUUUCCAAGUCAACUACAGCCUGGAUAUCAGCUUCUUCUUCAAGACUUCUGCCCCAUCUGGCACUUUCCUGGAGAACAUCGGGCCGAAGAACUACAUCCGUGUGGAGCUUAACAGUACGGAAUCGUCAUUGAAAUUCCACUCAGUAUUGAUCCAGAGUAGAUCCCAAUGUAUAGUUAGCAGAGUAAGAACUUAAACACGUUGCAGGAUUCCCAAAAAAUAGACAAGAGGCAAUUAUAUUUCAUCCAGCAGAGCUUUACUGCUACUGAAGGCAAAUGAGCAUAAUGGUCACAAAUCCAAUACAUUCAGGAUUGGCCCUGUCCAUAAGAAAACCAGUUGCAGAAGACUUACAAUAACUUAUAAUAAGACUAAACCUUAAUACUAUAUAUACUAUGUACAGAACACCACACCAGAAGGAAGAGAGAAAGUGAAACUUAGGCUCCUUCUGGCCUCUUAUUAUAGUCAGAAGAGCUAAGAGAACCAGUUUAAACCAGCUGUAUUCAGCUUCUCUGAAGGAAUAACCCAAACAUCAUGAAGUUUCUUUCACACAGAGAAGCUUCCAGAAGCUUCCAGAACCCUCUUAAAUUAAGUAGAAUAGGAAAGAUCUCUACACAGCAGAUCAAUACUUUCUGUACUAAGAAAUGCAAACUGACAGGAACUGGGAACUCGAGGCAGUGGGAGUAGUCCGAGAGGCCUUCUUAGACAGAUAUUGAAUGUAUUGGCACUUUGCCCAAUCCCAGUGGUGUGCAAAAUGCAGGGCUCCGUCCGCAUGGUACAUUUGAAGCGGCAUCAAAUAACUUUAAAUAGGGUUCCCCCCAAAGAAUUAUGGGAGAUGGCGUUUGUUAAGGGUGCUGGGUGUUCUCCCCUCACAGAACUGCAGUCCCCAAAGUUUCUUGGGGAGAGGGAUCGACUGUUAAACCACUCUUGAGAAUUGUAGCUCUGUGAGGGGAAUAGGGGUGUCCUAACAACUCUCAGCACCUUUAGCAAACUAUAGUUCCCAGGAUUCUCUGAAAGAAGCCAUGGCUGCUAAAAGUAGUAUGAUAUGUUAGAAAUGUGAACGAGAUGGAGAACUAAGGAUGUAUUGCUUGAAAACUGAAUCUUGAGUCAUCUAAGUAAUAUUAUUAAUAAUAAUAUUAAUUCUAUUAUUUGUACCUUGCCCAUCUGACUGGGUUGUCCCAGCCACUCUGGGCAGCUAAUAACAAAAUAUUAAAAACACAGCAAAACAUUAAAAACUUUCCUAUACUGGGCUGCCUUCAGAUGUCUCCUAAAAGUCAUAUAGUUCUUUAUCUCCUUGACAUCUGAUGGAAGGGUGUUCCAUAGGGUGGGUGCCACUACCGAGAAGGCCCUCUGCCUGGUUCCCUGUAGCUUCACUUCUUGCAGUAAGGGAACCGCCAGAAGGCCCUCAGAGCUGGACUUUAGUGUCUGGGCUGAACGAUGGGGGUGGAGACACUCCUUCAGGUAUAUAGGACCAAGGCCAUUGAGGACUUUAAAGGUCAGCACCAACACUUUGUGUUCCAAAACGUACUGGGAGGCAGUUUAGAUCCUUUAGGACUGGAGUUACAGGGUGGCUGUAGGAAAUCAUCAGGGCUACAGUCUCCAAAAAAACCAACAACACUUCCUUUUGUGCUUAUACUCAGCAGGCAGUGAACCCAGGUACAGGGAGAUAGCAUUAUUUAGGGCCCCCCCAAAGCAUAGCUGUCUGGAGGGGCAGAGACCCUCCCUCCUGGUCAGGGCCGUCUUAAGAAUAUCUGGCGCCGUGGUGCAAAGAUCCCGCCACCGCCGCUCGUUUCCCAGAGUUAUCGACCUUUUUAAGGGGGGGACCCCAAAGUUGUUGACCUUUUUAAGGAAAGGCUGCUCCCACCCUCACGCUGCUGCCCUGUGCUGCUUGAAUGUGGCUGGGCAUUGGCUGGGGCUGGGAAGCCGGGGCGGCACGGGAAGCAGGCGGGGGUCUUGUCCGGGCAGGGACAAGCAAAGCGAGCUGGGCUGUACGUGUCGCCACAGCAGAGAAGCGCGCUCACUCAGCUGCAGUCUCGCUGUCCUUGCUUGGGGAGGAAGGAGCGGGGAGGAGAGAGCAUGACUGGGAGGGGAUCGGGCAGGGGAAGGAAACGCGGUUUGUGUGAAGGGGUGCAGAGGUGGUGGGGGCAGUGGGAGGAGGCAGGCUCCAUGCAAGGCAGUGGAGAAGCAGGAGAAGGAGGGAGGGGUGCUGGGGGCAGCAGUUGCAGCGUGCAGCCUCAAGCGCAGGGAUCUUUUGAGGCAGAGUAGAUGAGGGGAGCGGGACGUGGGUGGCGCUGUGGGUUAAACCACAGAGCCUAGGACUUGCUGAUCAGAAGGUCGGCGGUUCGAAUCCCCGCGACGGGGUGAGCUCCCGUUGUUCGAUCCCUGCUCCUGCCAACCUAGCAGUUUGAAAGCAUGUCAAAGUGCAAGUAGAUAAUUAGGUACCACUCCGGCGGGAAGGUAAACGGCGUUUCCGUGCGCUGCUCUGGUUUGCCAGAAGCGGCUUAGUCAUGCUGGCCACAUGACCCGGAAGCUGUACGCCAGCUCCCUCGGCCAAUAAAGCGAGAUGAGUGCCGCAACCCCAGAGUCGGUCACGACUGGACCUAAUGGUCGGGGGUCCCUUUACCUUUACCUUUACCUACACGAGGGGAGCAGUGGUAGAGCCACGUUUAUGAUGCGCAGAGCUUGGGAUGCAAGCACACACCACGCAGCCGAGGAGGUGGUGUGGCACCAAGCCCCUGCUCCGCCUCGCUUACCUCCCUGCUCUUUCCUCCCCGGACUCUCCGCCUGGCGCCCUCCACUGCUUGGCACCCUGGCUCACUGCGCCACUACGCCCAAUGGUAAAGACGUCCCUGCUCCUGGAAGGCAGCUGUGGCGUGACACCUCUCUCCUGCUGCUGUUUUCUAGCUACCCGAGAUCUGGUAUUCAUAUACGACAUUGGCAACGGGGACGAGAACCUGACAGUGCACCGGGACAUGCCCUACAAUGACAACGAGUGGCACGAGGUCAGGGCGGAGAUCAACGUGAAGCUGGCUCGGAUGCGGGUUGACCGGAUGCCGUGGGUUGUGCGAGCAGCCCCUCCCCAGACCUUCCUUCACAUGAACCUCACGAAGCCUCUCUAUGUGGGUGAGUGAGGAUGGGCAGGAUGGCGUGAAUGAAUGAAUGAAAGAGGGAGAGAUAAUAAUAAUAAUAAUACAUGACUAGAUAAUAGUGAUGAAUAAUGAAGAACUUUAUAGUCAUCUGCACCCUUCAGGAACAAUGAAAUUACAUGACUGCUCCAUAAAAACACUAAUUAAUGCAAUACAGUAUAAUACAGACCAAGAGGAGAUUAGAUGACUGUUCAAAGAUCAGAGGCUUCCCAUUCAGGGCCGAGAUCGCUCUGGAGAAGAAGCUGUUCUUAAAGACGGCUACCUUCUGGUCUAUCAAAUCGUCCUGUAUCUCCGUCCGGACGGCAGAGGAGCUCCAGAAGAGACAGUGACCAGGAUGCGAUGGAUCGUUUUACUAUGUCCAGUGCCUUCCUAUGGCACCUUGUGGCAUAAAUCUGCUCUAAGGUGGAGAGUGGCAGCCAACAAUGCUCUCUGCUGCCUUAACUAUCCUGCACAACCCCAUCCUGUCCUGGUUGGUACAGCUUCAAUACACAUCACUAUUAAGCCAAUGAGUGAGCACGCUCUCAAUGGCACAGUGAUACCCUAUUGGAUGAGGUUCUUUCAUUGUUGAUCACCUCAAACUAGAACCAGGUUCAAUACAGCUUACUCAUCAAUAUGAAAAAGCUCAGCCAGCUCAGUUUUGUAACAGGCAAAAAUCUCAUUUUUGUGUGUGUGUGGGUGGUGAAAAUCUAGCUUUAUCAUCUUCACCAUCCUCUUCAUUUUAUUUGUUAAAAACUUUAUUUCCAUAGUUAAAAACUUAUAGGUUAAUUUUUUAAAAAAAUAAUUUUUAUUUGAUUUUACAUGUAAAAAGCUAUCACAUUACCAAAUGCAUCACCAUAUAUAGAGAUUUCUCUGAAUCUCGAAACUUCCCCCCCAUCCCCUCCAUGGGUCCUGUUGUCAACAUUUAUAAUUGCAUAUUAUUCCAUAAUCUCCAUUUUGAAUCCAUAGUGUUUGUUACAUUACAAGUGUGAUUAAAAUCCUGCUAAUGUUUCCAUCUGCUGACAGUGGUCUCCUAAAUAAAUUACAAUUUCCCACCAUUCUUUUAAAAAGUUCUUGUCCAGCUUCAAAGGCAACGGACUUUACAAAAACACCUUGCUGUUUUCCACUGGGACCAGAAGACUUAAAACGAGCUUGCCUAGAUCCAGCAAGGCAGCUGUUAACGUUUUCAUUUCCUGUCCCCCUUUCUUAGGCGCUGCCGAAUAUUACCUGCGCCCCUUCUUGGGCUGCUUGCGGGGCCUGCGCAUGAACGGGGUCACCCUCAACUUGGAGGGGAAAGCCAACGAGACGGAAGGAGUGCUUGUGAAUUGCACCGGGCAUUGCCGGAACCCUUUGGUGCCGUGCCGGAACUACGGCACCUGCCUGGAGGCCUACAGCCACUACACCUGCAACUGCUCGGUCUCUGCCUUUGAAGGACCUUUCUGCAACCUGGGUGAGCACCAUAAACAAGUCCGGAGGGUUGAGGUGAAGUGACGAGGCGAGGAGGGGGCAGGACGGAGAAGGCACGGCUGAUAUUUUUCCACCUUCGCCGCAUCAAGCAGUUGGUCCCUUACCUUUCCCGCCCUGACCUGGCCACAGUGAUCCAUGCAACGGUCACCUCCAGGCUUGACUACUGUAAUUCGCUCUACGCGGGGCUGCCCUUGAAGCUGUCCCAGAAACUCCAGCGGGUGCAGAAUGCUGCAGCGAGGCUCCUCACGGGGUCUCCGCCAGGGAAGAAUAUUCACCCAGUGCUUUUCCAGCAGCACUGGCUCCCGGUGGAGUACAGGGUCAGAUUUAAGGUGCUGGUUUUGACCUUUAAAGCCCUUCACGGCCUAGGACCCUCGUACCUACGGGACCGCCUCUCCCGGUAUGCCCCACGGAGAGCCUCAAGGUCGAUAAAUAGCAACACUCUAGUGUUCCCUGGCCCUAAGGAAGUUAGAUUAGCCUCAACCAGAGCCAGGGCCUUUUCAACACUGGCUCCGGUCUGGUGGAACGCUCUGCCUCAUGAGACCAAGGGCCCUGCAGGAUCUGAUUUCUUUCCGCAGGGCCUGUAAGACAGAGUUGUUCCGCCUGGCCUUUGGCUUGGAGCCAAUUUGAUUCCCUCCCCCUCUUUCUUUUUCCUUUCUCCCCUGUGAUGAGGCUGCAUUUUAAUGUUUCAAUGUUUUGAUGUUGUAUUUUAAUCUUGUUUUUAAGUUGUAUUCAUUCAGCCUGUUUUUAUUAUUGCUUGUUAGCCUCCCUGAGCCCGGCCUUGGCUGGGGAGGGCGGGGUAUAAAUAAAAUUUAUUAUUAUUAUUAUUUUUUAUUAUUUUCCUUAGGCCUUUGACUCUCCGCCUAACCGUUGCCGUGUUCCCCCAUCUAUCCCCUUUUGCAGACAUCGGCGCCUACUUCGAGCAAGGCACCUGGGUCCGCUACGACAUCAUGACGAUGCCGUUGCACGUGGUCCGGGAGUUCUCCAACAUUCUCCACCAGCCGAUUCAGCCGCUCCCCGGCUACAACCUGACGAGGGAGGAUGUGUGGCUCAGUUUCCGCACCACUUCGGCCCCCGCCGUCCUGAUCUACGUCAGCACCUUUGUGCACGAUUACAUGACCAUUUUGAUCCGCGAGGACGGUGAGCACAAUGGGAGCUAGCCGCCCUCCGAAUCUAGCCUCUUUCUCAGCGAAGGCGCAUCUUGCCAUGGCGUCGGGAUAGUUCAUAGAAUUGUAGAGUUGGAAGGGAUUCCUCCCAGGGGUCAUCGAGUCCAGCCCCCCUUCAACGCAUGAAUCUUAACUACAGCAUCCACAGCAGAUGGCCUAAUAAUAAUAAUAAUAAUAAUAAUAAUAUAUUAUUUAUACCCUGCCCAUCUGGCUGGGUUUCCCCUGCCAUCAGAAUACAGUGGUACCUCGGGUUAAGUACUUCAUUCGUUCCAGAGGUCCGUUCUUAACCUGAAACUGUUCUUAACCUGAAGCAUCACUUUAGCUAAUGGGGCCUCCCACCGCCGCUGCACCACCAGAGCACGAUUUCUGUUCUCAUCCUGAAGCAAAGUUCUUAACCUGAGGUACUAUUUCUGGGUUAGCGGAGUCUGUAACCUGAAGCGUAUGUAACCUGAAGCAUAUGUAACCCGAGGUACCACUGUAUUAAAAAUGCGAUAAAACACCAAACAUUAAAAACUUCCCUAAACAGGGCUGCCUUCAGAUGCCUUCUAAACAUCAGGUAGUUAUUUAUUUCCUUGACAUCUGAUGGGAGGGUGUUUCACAGGGCGGGUGCCACUACCGAGAAGGCCCUCUGCCUGGUUCCCUGUAGCUUCACUUCUCACAGAAGGUCCUUGGAGCUGCACCCCAGUGUCGGGGCUGGAUGAUGGGGGUGGAGACGCUCCUUCAGGUCUACUGGGCCGAGGCCAUUUAGUUCAGCACCAGCACUUUGAAUUGUGCUCGGAAAUCUACCGGGAGCCAAUGUAGGUCUUUCAGGACUCAACACUGAAAUGUUCAAAUGUUUCUUUGGUUGUUCCAGCCACGCUUGCUGUUGCACCAGCGUGGCACCCCUUUGAGAGCUCUUGUUUCAAAGUAACACCAUCUCCUCCUUGCCGUCCCCUUUUACCUGUUGCCGUUUCCCUUGCAGGCAUCCUGCAGCUACACUACCAACUGGGCGCCCUCCCUGCCAUCUACCCCCUGAGCACACGCUCUGUGGCCGACGGACAGCCACACAGUAUCAACGUCACACGCGUCAAUCGAACGUUGUACACACAGGUAAGGGGGGCCCCUCUUGCUGCACGAGUGGGGAGGGGCCUGCAGAAAGGCGUCUUGCGGCGGAAGGGACUUGGAGCCCCCUGAUGUUCCUUGGCUCCCAACUCCCAUCAGCCUCAGUUGAGUGAUGGAUGCCGCAGUUCAGCAAUGCCUAGAGGACUACACAUGGUCUUCACCUCUGGCCCUGUGGCUCUCUCACUGUCUGGAGGGAGGGAGGGACUUACGGGAGAGUAGCCCAGCAGCUUUCUGCUCUGCGGAGUGUGGGCCCGUUGGUGUCAUGCGGACAAACGGUUAAAUUAUGCAGUGCUUGGCUUCAUGUCUCCAGGCACACAUUCCCAGCGCCUGGAAGUUCUGAGAUAAGGUGCCAGGUGCUCUGGGUUGCCAUAGCAACACUAGCAAGGCCAAGCGUAUGUCUUGCUGAGUCAUUUACCCUUCCAUUAGUCCAAGAAUGCCUAGGUGUAGAAACAGGUAUAACAGGCAUUGUUUUCAUGAUGUAUGCCAUAUUGUUCUGUCCUGUCUGGAUACUACCCUGUUUCCAUGGGAGUGUCUGACUCUGCAUGUGAGGAAAAGGCUCUGCGUUUUACCCAGCAGCGUUACCUAGCAGGGAGAUAGUGUUACCAGAUCUCUCUGUACAUAUGUAUCUUUACUUCAGAGACCAGAAGAACUCUAUAUAGUAUAUAGCUGGGGCUCCACGUACUCUGCUGAUAUAUAAAACUGGUUGUUGAGGUGUGGGGAACACAACCUUCCACAAGUAGCCCACAGGGCCUGGGACAGCGCUGGGAAUGGCUGAGUUAUCCACUGUAAAAUAAUAAUACUACUAUUACUACUAAUAAUACUAAUAAUAAUGAUGAUGAUAUUAGUAUUAUUUAUAGUCCACCCAACUGGCUGGGUUUCCCCAGCCACUCUGGGCAGCUCCCAACACAAUAUUAAACAGAAUAAAACUUCAAACAUUAAAAGCUUCCCUAAACAGGGCUGCCUUCAGAGGUCUUCUAAAAGUCAGAAGGUUGUUUAUUUCCUUGACAUCUGAUGGGAGGGUGUUCCACAGGGCGGGUGCCACCACCGAGAAGGCCCUCUGCCUGGUUCCCUGUAGCCUCACUUCUUGCAGUAAGGGAACCGCCAGAAGGCCCUCGGAGCUGGACCUCAGUGUCCGGGCAGAACAAUGGGGGUGGAGACACUCCUUCAGGUCUACUGGGCCGAGGCCGUUUAGGGUUUUAAAGGUCAGCACCAACACUUUGAAUUGUGCUCAGAAACGUACUGGGAGCCAAUGUAGGUCUUUCAGGACCGGUGUUCUGUGGUCUCGGCGGCUACUCCCAGUCACCAGUCUAGCUGCCACAUUCUGGAUUAGUUGUAGUUUCCAGGUCACCAGUCCACUGUUCUCUGUGAGGGUAUCCUGAUCAGCCUUAUAGUAUGUCCUCUCUCUUCUUCCUUCCUUUAGUUGGAUUAUUACCCAGUCCAGGUCUACCAGCUCUCCCUCUUUGUGGAUGGCAGACUUGACUCGCCCAAGGCGCUCUAUCUCGGUCGUUUCAUGGGUGAGUGAGAGUCAUGGGUCCUGCCCAUUCUUGACAUUGAUUGUCCCAUUCCCAGCUCCUUGGAUGGGCCAGUCAGCCUUCAGCUGCCCUGGUUCCUUCCAGUUACUUUGGAUUCCCAACCCAUGGCCAGUGGCCAACAUCUAGAAAGCUCCAGAUUGAGGGGGAUGCCUGCUCCACAUAAGCUCACCCUGACAUCCAACUCUGCUUUGCUUUUAGGCUCACAAACAUAGUUCUCUCCUCCUUCCACUUCCACAUUUCUGGAUUCUGCCCUGUCCCUCGAAACAGCCUCUGUUGUCCUCUUUCCCCUGUGUUCCUGGAGACCCCCAUUCCUUCUAAUCGCCAACCUGGGAGUGCCUAUCAGUUCCAAAGCAAAAUGUGGCCACCCCAAAAUGAGGAGAUGGUCUCUGCAUCCUCAGGGGCCUCCCUUCGGUAUAUGGAAGUUUGUCGUUAUAUAUAUAUGCCCGAUAGGGAACUGUGAGCUUCGAUACUUACCGUAUUUUUCGCUCUAUAGGACGCACUCCCCCCCUCCAAAAAUUAAGGGGAAAUAUGUGUGCGUCCUAUGGAGCGAAUACAGGCUCCUUGGCUUCAGCGAUAGCAACGCAAAGCCUCCGAAGCGCAGAAGGAGCGCUCCCUCCGCGCUCUGGAGGCUUUGUGUUGCUUUCGCUGAAGCCUGGAGAGCGAGAGGGGUUAGUGCGCACCGACCCCUCUCGCUCUCCAGGCUUCAGGGAUAGCCGCCUGAAGCCUCUGGAGCGCAGCGGGAACUCACGCUGCACUCCAAAGGCUUUGGGUUCCUUUUGCUGAAGCUGGGAGAGCAAGACUCUCCCAGCUUCAGCAGAGAGGGAGAGCUGCGCAGCGCCCCUUCAGCAAAGCAGGAGGAGAAAUGGAAGGGGCUCCGUUUCUCCUGCCGCUUCACUGAAGGGGCACUGAGCAGAGAGGGGGAGAAAUUUUUCCCCCCCUGUUCUCCCCCUCCUAUGGUCUGGUGCGUCCUAUAGAGCGAAAAAUAUGGUAAUAGAAUUUGGUGGCAGCCGAGUCUGUAAGAGGAGGAGAAGGGUCUCCUCUAAGGCAAAUGGGGAACUCGUUUCUUCAAAGAGCCGCCAUCGCCCGAGCUCCUCUGCUCUUCCGUUUCCCUCCUGCACCACUUUUUCACGUCUUCUCCUUCCACCCCACUUUCUGCAAGCUCUUCCCCCCCACUUUCCCUUUCCUUUCCCCCUUGUUGCAUCCGUCAAACGCAGACCUCUCUGUAUGAACAUUCUGUAACGGGGCUGAAAAUGAUUUUGCAGGUUCUGGGCUGAAUAAAUUAUGCAGAUCAUAUGAAUUUUGCAUGCGCGUCCUUAAUUUGCAUAGCAUGCCCUUCUGUCGCUAGAUGUGGAAAGGAACAAAGAGCCCCUCUCCCCCUGGAGUGCUGCUUCACGUCCUGACAGACAAUGACUCCUAAGCCUGUCCUUACAGAUCUCAAGGCUUUUUCAAAAACUGAAACGGCUGACCGUUGUCAGUGCUUUUGAUUUGGGGUAGUUUUUAUUUCAUUUCAUUGAACAACCUGUUUUAUUACAUACAUUUAAACCCAUUGACACACACAAUUUCUUUUUUAAUUUUCUAAAUUACAUUUCAAAAUACUCAUUUCAACAACCAUAAAUCAAUGACUUCCCUUCUUCUCUUUCGGUGGUUCAUUUUGCAUCCUAUACAUCCCUGAAUAUUUUACAUGAACUAAACCAUUCAGUAAUCCAUUUUUACAUCCCUCAAAACUUAUUUACACUAUUGAAUUUAUCUUAACACUACCAGCGUUUUUAAAUGAACACAAAUUUCACCCAGAUAUUCAGUAAACAUUUUCCAGUCUUCUUUAAACGUGCAUUCUUCUUGUUCUUUUAUAUUCUAUAUGUUAAGUCUGCAAGAUGCUUGUAUUCCAUCAAUUUAAGUUGCCAUUCUUCUUUGGCUGGGGCCUCCCUCAUUUUCCAAGACACUGGCCGUGGUAGUGGCAUACAUAAAUAGUCUUUUUUGACACCUGGGAAUUUCCCUCUGAAUUAUCCCCAACAAAAAGGACUCGGGGGGUUUUUUGAGGGGGGAAUGUACUUUAAUUUUUUCCCCCAAUUCAUUAUAUAUCAUUUCCCUGAUUUGGGGUAGUUUUGAGGGGGGUUAAGGUUUGAGGGGGAGCUGAGGAAGAAGCUGGCGUCUGCUUAACUGUGUCCUGUUCCUCUUGUCUUCCAUGGUCCAUAGAAACGGGCCUGAUUCACCCGGAUAUCCAAAGGUACAACACACCGGGCUUCACAGGUUGCCUCUCAGGAGUGAAAUUCAACAGCAUUGUGCCUCUGAAAACCAUCUUCCGGGCCAGUGGCAAAAAUCCUAUCCGCCCCUACAGCAUCAAAGGGCGGCUGGUGGAGUCUAGCUGUGCCUCUAUGCCCAACUCUUACAUCGAAACGCCACCAGAACUUGACCCCUGGUACAUAGACCCAGGUAAGAUAGCAUUUAUGGGGGAGGAAGGGCUGGGGGCAAGACUGUGCUUACCUGGGGGCGAGGAGACCUCUUAAUAAAUUUAAUAAUAAAUGUUAUUUACACCCCGGCCAGAGCUGGGCUCAGGGCGGCUAACACCAAUAAAAUCACAGUAAAAACAUAAUGGGGGGUGGGGGAGGAAACAACCAAUUUAAAAUGCAGUUUAAAAUGCAGCCUCAUUUUAAAAGUAGCCCAUAGAUCAAAACCAUAAGGGGAGGGAAACAUAAGGGUCAGACUGAGUCCAAACCAAAGGCCAGGCGGAACAGCUCUGUCUUGCAGGCCCUGCGGAAAGAUGUCAAGUCCCGCAGGGCCCUGGUCUCUGGUGACAGAGCGUUCCACCAAGACGGGGCCAGUACUGAAAAGGCCCUGGCCCUAGUUGAGACCAAUCUAACCACCUUGCAACCUGUUGUCAUUUGUGGACCUUAAGGUCCUCCGCGGGGCAUACCAGGAGAGGCGGUCCUGUAGGUACGUGGGUCCUAGGCCGCAUAGGGCUUUAAAGGUCAAAACCAGCACCUUAAACCUGACCCUGUACUCUACCGGGAGCCAGUGCAGCUGGAAAAGCACUGGAUGAAUGUGAUCCUGCGGCAAGGACCCCGUAAGGAGCCUUGCCGCGGCAUUAUGCACCCACUGGAGCACCCCUAGCCUUCCUUCAUGUGCCCCAGGUGAUGUUUGGCCCAGAACCCUUGGACUAAUCUACACUGGUGAGUUAAAACAUUAUACAGUGGUACCUUGGUUCUCGAAUGGCUUAGCUGACGAACAAAUCGGCUCCCGAAUGCCGCAAACCCUGAAGUAAGUGUUCCGGUUUGCGAACGUUUUUCGGAAGCCAAACGUCCGACACAGCUUCUGCUUGAGGGCAGGAAGCUCCUGCAGCCAACCGGAAGCCGCGCCUUGGUUUUCGAACCGUUUCAGGAGUCGAACGGACUUCCGGAAUGGAUUCAGUUCGAGAACCAAGGUACCACUGCGAAUGCGUUAUCAACAUGUGACACCAGAGGGCGCUGUCAUCAAUGUAAAAUUGCAUUGCUGUUGUUUUAUUUUGAGCGUUUUUACAAUCACGAUUUAAAUCACCAGUUAAUAAGACUUGAUUUAAAUCAUUAUUUUUUUUUACAGAAAGACUCAUUAUUGCUGGUAUUAUCUUAAUAUUUACAACCAGAGGAAGGUUUUAUUUUUGGAAUAAUAAAUUUUCAGAGUAGUUUUUACAGUUAUAUCAAAAAUUACAGAUUUGGUUAUACUAUUAGAAAUACAUAGACAGAUAAUUAAGAAAUUAUUGUGAGGUUUAAUAAGUUAACUGUUUAUAUUUGGACACCUUUUCUGCUGUUCUUUACUGGAAGGAGAUAAAUAAAUUGUUUAAAUUAUUAAGGAAAUUAUUAACUAAAACAAUAACAUUAUAGCAUAUGUAUCCAUGUUUGUUAACUGAUGUGGUUAAACAUUUUUUAAAAAAACUUAAGACUCGCGUUUUAGCACAUAUUAAAAACUUAAAACAAAUCCUUAUUUCCUGAUGCAUAGCCUUUGGACUAUAAUGUAACUGAAUGUAGUGUAACUUAAAUAGAAAACUAUCUUUAGAAAUAUUUUUCUUCCAAAACCAUUUUAUUUUUAAAAAUCCGAUUUAAAUUUUAAAAAAAUCUGAUUUAAAUAAAAAAUCCAAUUUAAUUAUUUUUUAAAUCCGAUUUUCAAAAAAAUCAUUGAUUUUUAUUCAUCCUGGUCCUCUGUGUCCUUCUAGUUGACUUCCUGUACAUCCACGAUGACGGCUGGAUCGCGAUCAUCAUUGGAGGUGAGUGGGAAACCAAGAGGGUUGCUAGGAACUUUGGCCCAAGAGCUUGGCCCAUGGGAGCUUUGAGAGCUCAGAUUUAGAUGCUGACUGUGGCCUACCGUGCUACAGCCACACCUAAGAACGGAGGAAGCCACAGGAUGCCACGUCCGACCACGGAUCCACCUAAGGGCUCAGCACUGUCCGCGUCGGUUGGCAGUAGCUCCCCAGGGUUUCAGAUGCGGAGGGGGGCAUUCCCAGCCUUAACCUUUAAAGCUCUAAACGGCCUCGGUCCAGUAGACCUGAAGGAGCGUCUCCACCCCCAUCUUUCUGCCCGGACACUGAGGUCCAGUGCCGAGGGUCUUCUGGCAGUUCCCUCCCUGCGAGAAGCCAAGUUACAGGGAACCAGACAGAGGGCCUUCUCGGUGGUGGCACCUGCCCUUUGGAACGCCCUCCCACCAGAUGUCAAAGAGAAAAACAACUUCCAGACUUUUAGAAGACAUCUGAAGGCAGCCCUGUUUAGGGAAGCUUUUAAUGUUUGAUGCAUUAGGUAAAGGUAAAGGGACCCCUACACAUUAGGUCCAGUCGUGACCGACUCUGGGGUUGCGGCACUCAUCUCACUUUACUGGCCGAGGGAGCCGGCGUACAGCUUCCUGGUCAUGUGGCCAGCAGGACUAAGCCGCUUCUGGCGAACCAGAGCAGCGCAUGGAAACGCCGUUUACCUUCCUGCCGGAGCGGUACCUAUUUAUCUACUUGCACUUUGAUGUGCUUUCGAACUGCUAAGUUGGCAGAAGCAGGGACCGAGCAACGGGAGCUCACCCCAUCGUGGGGAUUUGAACCGCCGACCUUCCGAUCAGCAAGUCCUAGGCUCUGUGGUUUAACCCACAGCGCCACCCGUGUCCCUAUUUGAUGCAUUACUGUAUUUUAAUAUUGUGUUGGAAGCUGCCCAGAGUGGCUGGGGAAACCCAGCCAGUUGGGUGGGUUAUAAAUAAUACAAACUAUAAUAUUUAUUAUUAUUUUGAUGAUGAUGAUAAUGAUGAUGUUACAGUGGAGAACUCAGCCAUUCCCAGCGCUGUCCCAGCACCCAUUAUAUUAUUAUUAUUAAUACUAUUAAUUAUUAUUAUUAAGUAUUAUUAUUAUUAAUUAAUGGUUAAUUAAUAUAAUUAAUAAUUAAUUAUUAUUAUUAAUUAAUAUUAUAACUGGAGAAGCUGGGAGUUGAACCUGGCACCUGCAGGCAACCCAGAUGCCCUGCCAUGUGUAGCCUUCCUUCUGGGUUAUUCUCGUCCUCCCCCUUCACUCUCGCCUUUCUCCCCCAGUGAUUUUCUUCCUGCUCCUGCUGCUGGCGGCCGCUCUCCUCUUGAUGUACCUGCACCAUCACCGCUACAAGGGCUCGUACCACACCAACGAGCCCAAGGCUAUCCAGGACUACAACAGCAGUAGCAGCAGCGGUGGUGGCGGUGGCGGCAGCAGCAGUGGCAGCGGCGGAGCCCCUCCCGUCCCGCCGGCGAAGCCUGCCGCCUCGCGGAAGGAUCAAAACUUGCCACAAAUCCUGGAGGAGUCCAAAACCGAAUAGCCGACCGGAGCCGGGAGCGCCGAUUCCUCCCUCCGAUGGUGCUGGCUGUAGCCUUUUGGCAAGACCAAACCUGAACUGCCAACUGUGCCACUUUCUGGUUAGCCGACCUUCUCCCCCCUGACGACGGCGCUCCUGGCGCCUCUGCCUUGUUUCACCUGCACAUCCUGUGGAGUGUUGCUGCAUCUUCCGGUUGGAUCCAAUAACCGAUGGGCAGGUGUCAAUCAAAGGUCCCCAGCCCGAGUUUUUUUUUUCUUUAAUAGCCUGAUUCUCCCCAGUCCCGUUUCUCAUCUCUUGAUCAGGUGGUGCCUAAGAAGAUGCCCAAAUGAUACCUGAGGGUGGUGGUUCCCUGACCCCCAGAGCUUUCAAGUCUCUCUGCACUCCUGUUUCUGGACCGCGCAGAGUCUCCUUUGGAGUAAAAUUGGGGUGGCAGAGGUGACGCAAGACAGACUUUCUCCAUGCCAAACUCCACAGAUCCUUGCCGUUAUUGAAGAGAGACACUGGACGGUCAAUAUUGCACUUUCUUCUUUUUAUUUUGUUUUUACGGAACAAGGGAAAAUGCAACGCAAUAUCCAUUCUGGCCUUUUCACGCGUGACUCACUAGCACAUAGUCUUCCUUGCUUAAUUGCUUAGCAUUUAAUUAAAAAACAAAAAAAGCCAUUAGUCGAGCCAUGCAAUACAGCAUAUUUUAGAUCUCGGCACGUUAUAUUGUGCCCUGAGAGAAAUCCAAUGUGCAAUGUAGGUACCUGCCUGCCAGUAUAUAUAAAAAUAUAUAUAAAUAUAAAUAUAUUUCUGUGUGCAGCUGCAGCGCAUGGAAGGAUCACUCGCACUUUGCUACCACUUUGCUGCUUUCGUAAAUCAGGGUUUUGAGAAUUUUAAGAUUCUUUCUACCUUCCCUUCUUCCCUUUUAGUUGUGGGUUAUUAGACAGACUAGUUUUUUUAUUCUAUCGGUUUGUAUAAAAAACACAAAAGCAGAAGUCUGAUGUUCUGUUUUUUCAAGUGAAGUGAUGUCGUCUGUGUGGUCUGUAGUUUGCUACUUCGGGGAAGGAGGUUUUGCUCUUGGGUAACUCUUCCGACCCUCUUCCUCCCCCUACCUUUUGAAAAGCUAAGUUCACUCGUGAAAUGUUAAGAAGAUAAAAACUGUGUAGCAGAAGCAAAAUGGAUUUAUUUUAUCCAAAAGCCCAGGGCUAUUCUUGGGCGGUUUAUUUUUUCUAAGGAGCUGUUUGUCUGGACAAAACGUGAAGGUUACCUAAAUAAAUAAAUGUAAAGAAAGUUAAGUCAGGGCGAUGACGACGUGAUCCUGUGUCGUUUUGUGGGGAGGUGAUGGUGUGAAGGCUGUUGUUCAAAAGUAUCUAAAUUAUGAAUUGAGUUUUAACAGGCAGCCCUCCAGCGGUUCUCAACCUGUGGGUUCCCAGAUGUUGUUGGACUACAACGCCCAACAUCCCUGAGCUCUGGCCUUGCUAGCUAGGGGUGAUGGGAGUUGUAGUUCAACACCUGGGGACCCACAGGUUGAGAAAGGCUGCAGGCUUAGUCCAAGCAACCACCAGGAUUGUGUUAAAGGUAAAGGGACCCCUGACCAUUAGGUCCAGUCGUGGCCGACUCUGGGGUUGCGGCGCUCAUCUCGCUUUAUUGGCCGAGGGAGCCGGCGUACAGCUUCCGGGUCAUGUGUCCAGCAUGACUAAGCUGCUUCUGGAGAACCAGAGCAGCGCACGGAUACGCCGUUUACCUUCCCGCCGGAGCGGUUCCUAUUUAUCUACUUGCACUUUGAUGUGCUUUUGAACUGCUAGGUUGGCAGGAGCAGGGACCGAGCAACGGGAGCUCACCCUGUCGCGGGGAUUCGAACCGCCAACCUUCUGAUCGGCAAGUCCUAGGCUCUGUGGUUUAACCCACAGCGCCACCUGCGUCCCGAGGGUGUGUUAGGAUGGUUCAAAAUCUCCACUGCUGCAAAGUUCCUGCUCUAGACUCACGUUCCUUUUGCACAUAGAGAAUCGACGUGCUGGGGUGAGAACGGCAGCAGCGAAACCGGCUAGAGCUGCCCUAGCUAUGCAAGGCAAUCGGAUCUCACAACACAUAAAACCCGAACAGGCAUCGUUUGUCGCAAAGGCCAGCUCCUAUGUGUGGCUCCUAUGGUGAAUAACAGGGUGAAGAGACCUUGGCUCCUACAGCUAACACUAGAAUGAUGGGCACCCCUUGCCCCGAACUCUGCAUUAAGGCAACAGCUUUCUUAAGCGGACCAAAAUGUCACAAAAUAGCAUGCAAGCUCUCAGUUUCCCCAGAACUCUUCA